AUGCAGUUGGCUGCCUCAGGGACGGUUGGUGCUGCGUCGGCUCCUCUGGGCGUCUGCGCCGCUUGGCUGCGCAUCAAGGGCAUCUGCAGUGGCGCAGCUGUUGGUCCCGUGGCGUUGGCUGGCUUGGCCUCUGGUGGGCCGCUGGAGGAGCAGCGGCCGGAGCGCUGGCGGCUGCGGCAGCUGGCCCGGCAGCUGGCGCUGCAGCUGCGGAACAGGGACGACGAGGUCUGGCAGCUGCGCGAGCGCCUGGCGGCGGUGCAGGAGCUGCACUGCCGGCUGCGCGACGGCCCCGACGACGCCGCCGCCCGGGCUGCCGCGGAGGGCCUGCUCGCGGGGGCGCCCCGCGGCGGCGCGGGGCGCCUGCCGGGGGACGGCCCGCCUCCGCCGGAGGGCGGCGCGGGGCUCGACCGGAGGAUAGCGCGGCUGCGGGCGAAGGUGGCCGGCAUCCCCGUCGAGGGCACCGAGGGAGAGAGCGGCGGCCAGGCGCGGCUGCGGGCGGAGGUGGCUGGCAUCCCCGUCGAGGGCGCCGAGGGCGAGGGCGGCGACCAGGCGUCGCCCCUGGCCGCCAGGCCGUGCUCCAUCGACGAGCGCCUGGCGGCGGUGGAGGCCCGCGCGCGGGAGCUGGAUCCGUUCGCGGCGGACGGCGCCCUGUUCGGGAGCCUGGACGAGGAGCUCCACGGGCUCCACGCCGAGGUCGCGGGGCUGGAGCAGCUGGCCGGCAUGGCGGACCAUGAGCUGGCGGCGGGGGCGCAGGAGGCGCCGCCAGAGGACGCGGACCUGCGGGACACCGUCGCGGGCCUCCGCGAGCGCCUCGCGCGGAGGGACGAGGACCUGCGCGAGCUGCGAGAGCACCUGGCCUGGGCCAGCGGCGAGCUCAGCGAGCAGCUGGCGCAGCUGGUCGCCGCGGGGCCGUGCCGUGCGGCGG